CUUACUUCCUCCUUUUGGAUUUUACCGUCUUGUAAGUUGGUUGUGCCUUGAUUUCGAGUUCUAAUCUAAGGUUUUGAAAGUGAUCGCUUAAGCUGCGUGGUCUAUCAAUUUGCGGAGAUGGGGGCCUAUCGGUACAUGCAGGAACUGUAUAGGAAAAAGCAGAGUGAUGUUAUGCGGUACUUGUUGCGUAUUCGAGUUUGGCAAUACCGUCAACUAACCAAACUACAUCGAUCGCCCCGACCUACUCGACCGGAUAAGGCAAGGCGUUUAGGAUAUCGGGCAAAGCAAGGUUUUGUAAUCUACAGGAUUCGUGUCCGCCGCGGUGGCCGCAAGCGUCCAGUGCCUAAAGGCUGCACCUACGGCAAGCCGAAGAGUCAUGGUGUAAACCAACUGAAACCCUACCGUGGAUUACAAUCCAUUGCCGAGGAACGUGUUGGCCGUAGACUUGGUGGUUUGCGAGUUCUGAACUCGUAUUGGAUUGCGCAGGAUGCUUCUUAUAAGUAUUUUGAAGUCAUUUUAAUUGAUACUCAUCAUAGUGCUAUUCGCCGUGAUCCAAAAAUCAACUGGAUUUGCAAGCAUGUCCACAAGCAUCGCGAGUUAAGAGGUCUUACUUCAGCCGGAAAGAGUUCGCGUGGUAUUGGCAAGGGAUAUAGAUAUUCCCAGACAAUUGGUGGAUCUAGGCGUGCUGCCUGGAAGCGCAAGAACCGUGAACACAUGCAUAGAAAACGAUAAAUUGUAAACCUUUUUAUUUAUCGGUUAAAUAAAACAUUCGUGCAUCUACAAUUUCUGUGCGCGGUGAGGACAUGUA